AUGGAUACUGAUUUCUGUGAACCUCAACGACUCAAAUAUGAAAAUUUACCAAAACAUUUUAGACAACAGACUGAGGACACAGACAUUGUUUAUAGGAUAAACGCCUUCAAACAGGAUUUUUAUUUAAAGCUCCGGUCUGAUUCCACUUUUCUUGCACCUAAUAUAGCUCCUUAUAACGAAUCUGAAGUCGCUGAUCUACGACGUUGUUUCUACUCUGGUGAUGUUAAUUUAGACCGUGACUCUUAUGCAGCGGUGAGUUUAUGUAGGGGCUUACACGGAGCCUUUUCAUACAGAGGGAUGGAAUAUCUCGUUCAACGGAUAAAGGAUAAAACCACAUCAGGACUGGCACUUAGUGCAGAAGAAAGCCACGUCAUUCGCCGUAGAAGGCACAUUCAUAAUCCUGUCAACUCAACAUCCAGGUGUGGGGUAGCAUCUGGUGUUAACCAAGACAUUUUAGAGACACUCGAAAAAUACAGGCGACUGAGAGAACACAAAAAGAACAUGACAGAAACUGUUUUUAAAAGCAUACACAGAUCUAAAAGGUUUGCCUCUAUUCCUAGAUAUGUGGAGGUGUUAGUCGUUGCUGAUGAAUCCAUGGCCAACUUCCAUGGAGACGACCUAAAACAUUACCUUUUCACCCUUAUGUCUGUUGCUGCAAGGCUGUACAAGCACCCUAGUAUUCGGAACUCCAUCAACAUCGUGGUCGUGAAGUUUAUGGUAAUAAACGAAGCUGAGAAAGGACCAAAAGUCUCAAGUAACGCCGCUCUAACUCUUCGAAAUUUUUGCACGUGGCAGAAGAAACUGAACAAGAAUAAUGACAAACACCCUGAUUACUGGGACACUGCCAUUCUAUUCACCAAGCAGGAUUUAUGUGGAUCCACUACCUGUGACACUCUUGGUAUGGCAGAUGUGGGUACCAUGUGUGACCCAAAAAGAAGCUGUUCAGUCAUUGAGGAUGAUGGCCUGCCCUCAGCCUUUACUACAGCACAUGAACUGGGUCAUGUCUUCAGUAUGCCACAUGACAAUGUGAGGGCUUGUGAGGAGGCUUUUGGAAAGCUGAAAGACAACCACAUGAUGUCCCCAACACUUAUCCAGAUUGACCGUAACAGUCCCUGGUCUGUUUGUAGUGCAGCCAUUGUCACAGACUUCCUUGACAGCGGCCACGGUGAUUGUCUGUUAGACCAACCUCAAAAGCUGCUUGCACUGCCAGAAAGUCUUCCAGGAACCAGCUAUGGCCUCAGUCGCCAGUGUGAGCUUGCAUUUGGCGCAGGCUCCAAGCCAUGUCCUUAUAUGCAGCCCUGCACAAAGCUGUGGUGCACCGGGAAGGCCAGAGGACAACUAGUGUGCCAGACACGACAUUUCCCCUGGGCUGAUGGGACCAGCUGUGGCAACAACAAGCUGUGUUUCCGUGGGGUUUGCACUGACAAACAUAACACUAUUGAUGAAAAGGUAGAUGGACAAUGGGGAAAGUGGAGUUUAUUUGGCUCAUGCUCUAGAACAUGUGGAGGAGGGGUUCAACUGGCCAAAAGGGAUUGCAACAAUCCAAUUCCCAAAAACGGUGGCAAGUACUGCCAAGGACUCCGCGUGAGACAUCGCUCUUGUAAUUUGGAGCCUUGUAAAGAUUUAGCUAACUUACACUUCAUGUCAUUGGCAGGGAAAAGUUUCCGCGAGGAGCAGUGUGCAGCUUUCAAUGGGGUCAGUCUUAACUCUAACAGGUUGACCUCGUCUGUGGUGUGGGUGCCUAAGUACUCUGGAGUCUCCCCAAAGGACAGAUGCAAACUCAUUUGCAGAGCUAAUGGCACAGGAUACUUUUAUGUUCUGGCUCCUAAGGUUGUCGAUGGAACACCUUGUUCUCCCGAUACUUCGGCAGUGUGUGUUCAAGGGAAGUGCAUAAAGGCAGGCUGUGAUGGCAAGCUGAAUUCUAACAUGAAGUAUGACAAAUGCGGUGUGUGUGGAGGAGACAACAAAAACUGCAAAAAGGUUGCAGGCAUGUUCACCAAACCAAUACAUGGAUACAACCUUGUAGUAGUGUUGCCUGUUGGAGCUACAAACAUAGACAUUAGACAGCGUGGCUACAAGGGUAUGGUCAAUGAUGACAACUACCUGGCAGUUAAGAACCGUCUGGGUAAAUACCUCCUGAAUGGAAAUUACGUGGUGUCCGCUGUAGAGAGAGACAUCCUUGUCAAGGGCAGUCUGCUGCGCUACAGUGGAACCACAACAGCAGUGGAGAUCCUCCAAGCCUCCAGACCUUUACAGGAGUCUCUGACUGUGGAGCUACUGUCUGUGGGGAAAAUGACACCGCCCCGAGUGCGCUAUUCCUACUACAUGGCCAACAAAGACAGCAAAGAGGAGAGGAUCCUCAAGAAGGAGGAGAGGACUCUCGUGCAAAACAGGAUCCUGGAUGACAGCAACAAAGUGGAGCUGAAAAAGCCUACCUAUCGGCGAAUCUCCUUUAUGUGGACAGUAGGGAGCUGGGAGAAGUGCUCUGUAACAUGUGGGAAUGGACUUCAGAGGCGACUUGUUCAGUGUCUGGACUCAGAGGGUAAGCCUGCAACAGACUGUGACAGUACCCAAAGGCCAAAUGCGGUGAGGGUGUGUGGUGACCCAUGUCCCACGUGGAAUAUAGGGGAGUGGUCUGCUUGUUCCAAAAGCUGUGGGAGAGGGUUUAAAAGACGCCCGCUGCUCUGCAUCACGCAGAGUGGACAGCCUCUACCCAGAAAUCACUGUUCUGGCAAGAUGAAGCCUCAGGAGCUGGACUUCUGCAUUGUUCAGUUGUGUUGA